AUGCUUCCACACGAGCUUCUCGAACUCAUUGCUCUCUUUGUACCGUGCCCAAAGGCCUUUUUGGUGCUACUCCACGCGCUUCCUCCGCGCCACCUCACGACGCCGUUCCAGAGUCUGCUCGCGCUCUCACGGACGCCGUACGUUAGCAUUGCAUGGCCCCGCCUCGUUCUCAAGCAAAGUCGCCUCCCGCUUGAAGCGACACAGCUCCUCGAGCGCACGUUCUGCUUGCGACCCGAGGUGGUCUGGCGCUGCGGCCUGUGCCAUCGGUACAGCCUCGACAUGCUGCUGCGCCACUUUGCACCGUACAUGCGCCGCCUCACGCUGUGUCCCCACGGCAGCGUAUGCGAUGAUAUGCGCUAUCUUGAAGACGCACUCACAGCCUGCAGUGCUCUCGAGGAGAUCGUGCUUGACGUCCGGCACGACCCGCAAAGCGUGUGGACGCGCUUGGUCGUUCUCGCCUGCCGCAUGCCCCGCCUCGCGUCGCUUACGCUACUGCUGCCCCCGCACGCCCCAAUUGUAGCAGCGUCGAUAUCGGAAGCGCUGGUCGCGCUGCUACACUCGCCGCAGUGCCAGGUGCUGCAUUUGCACAACAUUCGUUUCCAGCACGCAGCCGAUCGCGUCGCCGUGCACGAAGCUCUGCGUGCGUGCUCUUCGCUGCGUGAGCUUCACUUGGACAACACCGACUUGUCGCUUUUGUUUGUGCCCCACACGCUGACGCGCCUAUAUCUGAGGGCCCGCGACGACGCGGCGCGCAUCGAGAUGGCCGAAGCGAUGGAAGUGCUUGCUCGUCUGCAGCAGCUGCAAGAGCUCACACUUCGUCUCCAAGCGACCCAGCCGCUCUGGGUGCUCGAGGCUUUUCUCCGGCGGCAGCUUCCGCACCUCGACCGGUUGAGCGUCCGUGGCACACCUCGUGUUCGCCCGGCAGAGUGCAGCUUCGGUUAA